UGUCAGGCCCGGAGGGAGAGAGGAUAGAGAGAGGGAGAUAGAGAGAGCGCCGCGGAGAGGGUCAGCUUGGCCAGAGGACAGGACUUAGAGGAGCAAAAGCCUGUAAAGCCGCGAAGAAAAUGCAAGAAAAGAGAAGCAAAGGCGGCGAUGCCCAGCGGCCCAGAGGGGAAGGCUGGUCGGCGCGCGGAAUCUGGGAGCCGCGCGGAUUGGUGGCACUGCCCUUCUUGGCUCAGCCGCCCGGGGCAACGCCGGCGGAGGAAGCCCGCCCAGAGGCGAGACCUUCCCGCGGGCUAGAAGCGCUCUCCUCCCCAGCGCAGCGAGCGCCGAGUGCGAAUUAGCCUCACGGCGGAAAGAGCAGGGCUUCCGAGUAAGAUUAGAGGAGCGCAUCAGGCGGAACUCGGCGUCCUUUGAACCUUCCUAAAGAAAGCGAGCCAGCCCCCAUCCUACAACAUCAAAGUGGAGAUUUGGUGACUCUUAACUUUGUUACAAACUCUCUGGGGCCGGCCUGGGGUUUGUUUUGCUUAUUUCCCGUGGGGCGAAGAUGAGAAGUCGCGCACUUUGAGCGGCAAGGAAAAGUGAGGAAGCGAGAAGACACCGAGAUUGAAUCUAGGACUCGAGGAGCGAAAGGACAGCCAAACCCACCCGGACGCCCGCUGGUCUCCGCGAGCCACCGCCUCGCGAGUGGCGUGUUUGGACAUUGCUGCUGCGCAGCUCAACGAGCAGCUCUCGGCGGCUGCGUUCUCGGCCUAGUCGGCAGGUCGCCUCCGGGUGUGCGGGACAACUCCUCGCUCGCGCCCUCCGCGCUUCGCGCUCCCCUGAGCCCCGCCGGGGGCACGGGCCGGCGCCCUCGCUGUGUGGCUGCAGGCUCCGGCCUGGCCGUGGGAUGUUAGCGGUGGGGGCGAUGGAGGGCACCCGGCAGAGCGCGUUCUUGCUCAGCAGCCCGCCCCUGGCCGCCCUGCACAGCAUGGCCGAAAUGAAGACCCCGCUGUACCCCGCCGCGUACCCCCCGCUGCCCGCCGGUCCUCCCUCCUCCUCGUCUUCCUCGUCCUCCUCGUCGUCGCCCUCCCCGCCUUUGGGCGCCCACAACUCAGGCAGCCUGAAGCCCCCGACCGCAGGGGGGCUCUCGUCCCUGGGCAGCCCCCCGCAGCAGCUCUCGGCCGCCACCCCACACGGCAUCAACGACAUCCUGAGCCGGCCCUCCAUGCCCCUGGCCUCAGGGGCCGCCCUGCCCUCCGCCUCGCCCUCGGGUUCCUCCUCCUCCUCUUCCUCGUCCACCUCCGCUUCCUCUGCUUCGGCCGCUGCUGCCGCGGCUGCGGCCGCCGCAGCCGCUGCCUCCUCCCCAGCGGGGCUGCUGGCCGGCCUGCCCCGCUUCAGCAGCCUGAGCCCGCCGCCGCCGCCGCCCGGUCUCUACUUCAGUCCCAGUGCCGCAGCCGUGGCCGCUGUAGGUCGGUACCCCAAGCCGCUGGCCGAGCUGCCCGGCCGGACACCCAUCUUCUGGCCAGGAGUGAUGCAGAGCCCGCCCUGGAGGGACGCGCGCCUGGCCUGCACGCCCCAUCAAGGAUCCAUUUUGUUGGACAAAGACGGGAAGAGAAAACACACGAGACCCACGUUCUCGGGCCAGCAGAUCUUCGCCCUGGAGAAGACUUUCGAACAAACAAAAUACUUGGCGGGGCCCGAGAGAGCUCGCUUGGCCUAUUCUUUGGGGAUGACGGAGAGCCAGGUCAAGGUCUGGUUCCAGAACCGCCGGACCAAGUGGAGGAAGAAGCACGCGGCGGAGAUGGCCACGGCCAAGAAGAAGCAAGACUCGGAGACCGAGCGGCUCAAGGGGGCGUCGGAGAACGAGGAGGACGACGACGAUUACAACAAGCCCCUGGACCCCAACUCGGACGACGAGAAAAUCACGCAGCUGCUGAAGAAGCACAAGUCCGGCAGCGGCGGCGGCCUCCUGCUGCACGCGUCCGAGACGGAGGGCUCGUCCUGAGCGCCCGCCGCCGGGCCAGCGCCCCCGCCCCCGCCCGCCCCGGCCGCGGGGCCGCGCGCCCUGCCUCCCCUCCCCCGCGGGGGCCCUUUGCUAUUUUCUGAGAUGUACAUAUCUAUUUUUUUAACCUAGAAGUUGAGGAGGGCGGGGGUGGGGUGGGGUGGGGGAGAGAGACUCGGAGUUGGUAAGGCAGGAAACCUCACGCAAUUCACUGCGUAAAGAACGCAACCGAAACUCGCAGCUGGGCCAACCCUCCCGGCCACGUUCGGUCCCCAAGUCCCGUCUCCCCGGGAGGGAGAGGCCUCAGCGCCCGCCCCGCCCUUACCCGUCCCGGCCCUCCGCGCGCGGCGGGGGCGGGGGCGCAGGGACCGGUUCUCCGAGGAUCGACACCCACGGCGCGGGGGACCUCGGAGCCACGCGGGCGGGCGGCCGCCACAGACGGGAAGAGGGACGCUUCUGCUCCCACAAACUGCUGUGCGGACUAACUAACCUGUUGAAGGCCCCUUGUAAAUAAAUCGUGAGUCACACUGACUAGAAGUUACUUUAUUGUGAAUAUUUAAAAUGUAAACUGCUUUUUUUUGAAUUUGGUAGAACUAGAUGGACCUCCUUCUCCCCCUCUCCCCCUUUUAAGAGCUAUUCAAACCACGCGUUCCCCUUUUAUUUUGAACUUAUUUUGAGAAGCAUCCAAACGAGUGUUCUCAGCCUCCCUCGCCUCUCGCGCCUCGGCCCGGUUUGGGUGUGUUGGAUCUCACUGUCCCCCUCUCCCUUUCCCGCCUUUGCCCACCGCCCCCGGGCUCUGCCCCUGCCUCCCGCCUCCAGGACUUGAAGUAGAAGACGUGGAACCAGGGAAGGCCUCAGACUUGCCUCUCCGUUCCUUUCUGAAAUUGCACAGUCGUUUGUUGCUAUUUAUUAGUGAUUUAAAGAAAGUGUUGGGGAGGGAGGGGCUACCAUAGCUUGUAUUUAAUUUAACUCCUUUCUGACAAAAAUUCGUGUUAAAGUAGAUGGUGGGAAUUGUUACAACUGCUCUGGGUCAGAAACAUAAAAAUCCAUUUAGUUGCUGUAACUGAAUUUGAAGUGUUUUGUAUCAUAAGAAUACUAUGGACUAUGUAAAUUGUUUUCUUUUUUAAGCUGAUAACGGUGAUAUAUUAGCAUCUUUAACCUUUAUUAAUUUAUAUAAGGAAUUCAGUUUGUAAAGAGAAAAAAAAACCCUUUGCAAGACCAGUUAAAUGUAAUGCACUUUCUGUUUCAAAGGAUAAAUCAAAUUAAAAACAGUUUGAAGACGUCUUUUGCCUUGAAUGAAAGGGUACAGAUCAUCAGAUCUCAUCAGAGAUCUCAAA